AUGUCAUCUACAUCAGGUGAGUCGUGUGAAGUUAAUGGUGAAAAAGAAAACUGAUUUUUUUCGAAAAUAAUUUUUUAAUUUAAAAAAAAUUGAAAAUUAUUUUAUAAAAACUUCGGUACCAAAAGACAUAAAAGUCACAGCAUAAGUAGACAUUAAUUAAAGUUUUGGUUGAAAUAUCAAGUUUUAUAAAUUCUACAAACAUUAUUUUUAAGUUGAACAUUUAUUGUAAAUAUUGUAAUAGUAGCCAGAAAAUACAAUUUAAAGUUGUUUUUAGAUUUGGAUGAUUUUCGUUUAAUUGCGACAAUAAACAGACACGAUAUCUCGUGAGAUACAUGUUUUUUCUAGUUAUUUCGUUGAUAAGUGUUUGUAAAUUGCUUUAACAACCAUGGUUAAAUACAAAAACAGCAGUUGUAAUGUAAAAUACAUCUUUCUUUUUUAAAUUUUUAAAUUUACUGUUACAGUAGCGGAUUGGCUAGAGAAUGUACAUAUAAACAUAAUGUAAUAUUGUUAUAGAUGUUAGAGGGUACAUUUGAUAAGAAAAAAGUAUAUUAAAAAUGGGCUUAGUAGAAGUUGAGAUACAUUUUACUAUACGAAAGCUUUUUAUACCUUAUAAUAGUAACAUUAUUGAUGUUAAAAAUGUAGAUAAUAGUAGGUUUGGCAUUCUUUUGGUCAAUGAUUGUAGAUACGACAUAGUUGUGACCAGUAUGUUUAACAUUACCGUCUACUUUUCUAAAAUCAGUAACUUUAUUUAGUUGAUAAUUAUAUUCUGUAUAAAGAUAUUGUAGUAGGCAUACAUCUUGUCACAAUUUAGCUUACCAAUGUAUCUUUUGGUUAUUCAAAAUGUCUAACCAGGAACACUUUUUAACUAGAUACAAUAAGGUUGUAUCCCACAUUAGUAAGGUCGGAUAUCACAGUAGUAUAGAGUAAUUAAUAUGUUAUGGUAAAAGUUUAAUUUUUUGUAAAAUUAAUUAUUUUUUGUUACCUAAAACAUAAAAACGAGAAGUGAUAUACUUCACACGCCAUAUCCAGGUCUUUUUUACAGCAAUUCAUAACUUUCAAAGAACUUACUUACAGUUUUAUAUUAUACUUGACAAUUGUCUUGAUCCUUAUGUUUCGAGUGGUAAACCAGUUAAUGAUAAAAUAUUAGUAGUAGCAAGGAAUAUGUGGUAGUCAGGGACGUCGUUUGGGGGGGGGGUGGUUCGGGGUGACUCCCCCCCCAGAGCCGAUCCGAAAAAAAAAUCCACAGGUGGUACCUGUACGCGGAAAAACGAAAAAAAAAGUUUUUUUGACCUCUCCCAGAGAAAAACCGUAGCGAGGUCCCUGGUGGUAGUAGUAAAUAGUUAGUGGAAUAUGUGGUUGUAGUAGUUUUAUAGUGAGUGUAAAAGGUAGUAUAUAAAAAUGUUUUUUAGAAUUUGUAAAAUACUUUUUGGAAUAUUUCUUUUUAUAUCAAUGAAAAACUUGUAGUAAAAUUACGUAAAAUAACUGUAGUACCAUGAAAUGUUGAUCUUACACCUGACAGCCAUUUUACAUCCUUUUACUGUGCAAAAUAACCAGUCGUGUGUAGAUCAAGUCGUAUCAUAUUUGAGGCAAAUAGUAGUAGUAUGUGUGAAUAUCUACUUUAAUACUAUGCAAUCAUAUGUAGAUUUACUUUAACACUACGUCAUCUUAUGUAGCUUGUUCGUAUGUCUAACAAUGAGUAUAUACGUAGUAAUUGUAUAAAAUUUUGUAAAAUACGACGAUUAGGUCGUUCAAGUAAUACUGUGCUUCUCUGAAGGAAACUUUUUGAAAUUAGGGGCACAUAAUUAUUUGAACAAUCAAAUAAUUGUUUGAAAACAAUCAUGUUUUAAAGUUUUUAAAAAAAUGCCAUUUUUUGCAUCAGAUAUCUAUCAUAUAUAUUAUUUAAAGAUUUCUAAAUAACUUAAGUUUAACACAAUACUUUACUAUAAUUUAUAACAUUAAACUUGCUUUAACAGACAUUAACCGCGACUUCACCACCUCGUCGACAACCACCGCCCUACCACCGGCCAAAUACUCGUCACUCCGUAGUGGUAUACUGCGACUGACUCCGGACACAAUGAAAUGUAAACUCUACUGUCGAGGUGCGAAUUGUAAGUACUGCGGUUGGAAUAACUGGAAAGAGGAUCAGAUGGCCAUAAGCGGUUUAUAUUCAUCAUGGUAAGGAUUCGCGAUGGCGUUGUGUCAGGGGUAUUACUGCGUUGGUAUGGGUGUUACUACGAUGGCAGGGAUAUUACAGCGAUAGCAAGGUUUAUGGGUGUUAUGGUGGGGAUUGUGGACGCUAGGGUAGGGGUGGUUGGCAUUAGGGUGGGGUUUUAGGUCUUAAGAUAGGGGUGUAUAAGGAUUACAACAAGGAUUUAUGGGUAUUAGGGUAGGGGUGUAUAUGUAUUGUGAUAGGUUCUGUAUCCAUACAGUAGGGAUAGUCAAUUAGAGUUAUUACAGAUGUACAUUAAGGAUAUUAAAGCAGAUGUACUGAUUGAAUGAGGAAAUGAGGUAAAGCACAAGGGACAUGUGAAGGUGAUACUGUACUUUACAAUUUUAAGAAAUUUAUUUGACAAAUUUUACAAUUUGAAAUAAAAUUAGCAUAUAUUAUAGUAAAGCUACAGUAAACUAAAGCCAAAGUAAUUAGUAAAGCUUACAGUAAAACUACCGUAUUUUAUGACUGUAAAAACACUUUUUUUAGGAUUACUGACGACAUCAUGGCUAUGGCACGACCUACCGAAGAGGCGAUCCAGAAGUUUGACAUAAUCGAAAGUUUUCAAAAGUAAGGUCUUGAAUCAAUAUUGACAUUUCGUACGUUUAGAAAUAACAUCAAGGCUAUCUUCAAUCUUCAAACUCCUAAUGAACAUGCUUUCUGUGGACCACCUCUACAUCAAUCUGGUUUUUCUUACAAUCCAGAAGCUUUUAUGAAGCACAAUAGUAAGGUUUCUAACUCUUAUUAUCAUAUAGGUUAGAGGAAGGUAGUGUAGAAUGAGGUAGGUGAGGGUAGAAUAAGAUAGAUCAGGGUGAAAGAAGGUAAGGAAGGAUACGACUGAGUAAGGUAAAAAAAAUUGUUAAUUUUGUUUGUUACAGUAUACCACUACAACUUUGCAAUACCGGACUUUCAAUUCUGUGCCGUGGAGAACAUACUGGAUAUGGUAAAAGUGAUCAGUUUCUCACUAAAACAAGGUAAAAUUGCCGUACACUGCCAUGCUGGUCUUGGUCGCACCGGCACUUUGAUAGCAUGUUAUCUGGUAAUGGCCGAGGGAAUGACUGCUUCUGAAGCCUUGGAGUUGGUCAGAGAGAAACGGUAAGCCUUUAUUGAUAUUUAAUUUUUAAAAACGUUAUAUUACUUUAUAUUAUGUUAGUUUACAGUAACGUGUAAAAUAUAAUAAUAGUUUAUAUAUUACACUCUAGAUACCAGAGUUGAAAAAAUUACAUUUUAGCCCAAACUCAGUUCAAAGUAUGGAGCAAGUAGUAGUAGUAGGUCAGGUGGAAGACAUUGUGCUUCGAAAUGCUCGUAUCUUACCGGUCAAUGGAGGUUACCCUCUACAUUCAUAUCUUGCGUGGCAGAACAGUUUCUUAUCAAACGAAGAGGCUCGUCACUACCCACAUGUACCUAAAUUGAUGUUCCAGAUCUGCAAAAGAGUACUAGAGUUUGUGUUUGAACCCAGUGGAGUCAAGUUCAAUCACAAGAAGUAUGAACAACAUGAGGUGCACAACUGUACGUUGGGAGAGAUUUCUGUGGAGUGGAAGAAUCUGUACACGAAAAGAGGGUAAGACAAGGUUUUAGGGGGUGGAUUUUGUUUAAAACAAGGUAAAAUACGUUCAAGUCAUUAUUUAUUUGUGAAAAUACAAGAAACGUGUCAUUUUUUUAAAGAUGUAAAUGUUAUACAUAAUAAUACAAAUCUAAAAAGUUUUAAUUUCAGCCGUGCUCAGCAUCGCCACGUCCUCAACGUUCUAAUCAGAUUGGCGACAUACCCAUUCGAGAAAGACGAGAAACUGAUCCAGCACUUCCAAGUCGCUGGAGUUCAAGACAUGGAGAAGGAACUGGCCGACCUCGACGUAUCUCAAACCUUGACCCUCUUACACAGCUACAUGUUGUUACCUAAAAAGCCGCUGGCCUCUCGCAAGAACCUGAUCACUUUCAUGGAAGCAUAUUCUCCAUCCAGCAGCCAAGUCCCGAGUGUUGUGGUUCAUAAAGUCUGGCAUUGUUUCGUCUUCUUCUUGUGUAACGUCUUGUCGUAUCUUACUGAACAGAACUAUGACAUUGUGACCGAACUGAUAACAUUGUGGAUGCUGGGUGAUGUUGUGAAUGAUGUUAAGCAAGCUGUUCAUGGUCAUAUGAGGGAUCUUUAUGCUAGGAAUCUGAAACAGCAAGAAGCUCAAGCCAAAAUCUACCAUGAGAAUCUGGAGCGACAGUCUAACAGGUCUAGUACAUCGUCAGGGGGUAUGACUACGAUACGAAACGAGUAG